AUGGACGACAAGCCGACGCCAGUUGUAGGCGAGGAGCACUACAGCCUGCGCUGGAACAAUCACCAGGCGCACCUGCUGCGCUCCUUCGAAGCUCUGCUGCACGCCGAGACGCUGGUCGACGUCACUCUAGUUUGUGCGGAACGUCGCGUUCGCGCCCACAAAGUACUUUUGGGUGCAUGCAGCCCGCUUUUCCGUCGAAUAUUCAGCGAGAAUCCGUGCAAGCACCCCGUGAUCGUGUUGAAGGAUUUUCAAGGAUGGGAAGUGCAGGCGGUAGUAGACUUCAUGUACCGUGGAGAAGUGUCGGUCGCACAGGAACAACUGGGCACCGUGAUCCGAGCGGGAGAAUCGCUGCAAGUACGCGGCCUAGCAGAUCAGGACCGCGAAGAACAGGCGCGUUCGCCUCCAGCGACGCCGCUGGCACGUAGCCCCGUCAGAGCUACACCGCCGGCACCAUCGCCGCCAGUCAGCCCGACCAGCCCCCAGCCACGCAGAAAGCAAGCGCGACCACGUCGCCGCUCCGGAGAGUCUGAUACACCAGAAAACCUAUCAAUGCGAAGAUCACCAAGUGGUGGUUUGAAAGCAGUUCGACUAUCCCGGCCACGAUCACCACCUAAACAGGAACAAGUUGAAGAACAGGAAACAGAGGCGCCACCUCCGCCUAGGAUGUUCCCAACACACCAAGACAUGUUCCCGCCAGUACCACCAGCAGUUUCCGCUCUUUCGUUGACUCCACCCCACAAUGUCUUUUGUCCUUUAGUGUUCGGCAUCGACUCGCCCCUGGGCCUCUUCCCCCCCGGGAUGGAACACAAGAUGUACCCGCUGAUGGAUGUGGAACACCGGGCGCCGCCGCUCGACUCACAACUAUUCACCAACGUUAAAAAGAAAUGGAGACCAAAAGGACAGCAUAGCGCGCCGCGCGGUGGCCCACCUCGAUCCUGGACAAACGCAGAGCUCACGGAGGCCCUGCAGCACGUGUGGAACAAGAAAAUGACGACGAGCCAAGCUUCGAGAAUAUUCGGUAUCCCGUACAACUCUCUGCUCAUGUACGUGCGAGGCAAGUACGGGAAGAGCCUCAAACUGGAGCAGCUGCGGAAAGAUUGCAUUGGAGCGCCCCUAGACGUGCUCAACCUCAACUCCGGAAACAACAACAACAACCACCCUUCAAGUAAGCAUCAUGAUAAAGACGACCACCAGAACGUGGGCCAAAGGCCGUCCAGCUCCGAGCCGGACAUAUCAUCCAACCCGAUGUUCAACCCCUUUUCCCAAGGAUUCUACCCGGAAUUCCCGCCAGGCUUCCCGAUGCCACUGAACAUGCUUCACUUACUUCCGCCCAACGAGAAGGCAAGGGAGUUGUAUCAGUCGAUGCCGAUGGCUUUAGAUUCGCUGUCCGGCACCAAGGAGGAGGACUGCAAGAGCGAUCGGUCGAAGGAGAACUCUGCGGACGAGGAGGGCGACACUUACCGCGCGCCGCACCCCCCGCACCCGCCCCCUGACACUCGCACCCUCCUGCAUCACAACGGUCAGGACUAACUCCCGUCGCUCGCGGCGGACGCGGCUGACGAACGAAUCCACAUCUCACCCGCGUAUCUUUAUCGAAAUG